AUGACUACCACCACCAAUCGUGUUGCUGUGUUACCCAGACCUAUUCGUCGAGUUCUACAAAAUUUUCUGUUGGUAUGGCUUGAUGCCAAUUUUGAUGAAUCUAAUGAAGAUUUCAAAAACUCGAUACAACAUCUACGACGCAUUGUUGCAUCGAUCACAACAUUUACGGAUGCUGAAGAAUGUGUUGAUUACCUUAGUGAGAUUGAACAGGAAAAGGUAUUUAUGAUUGUAUCUGGCUCCUUGGGUCGACAAGUUAUACCAGAAAUUGAAACAUGGCCACAACUAGAAUCAGUAUAUGUGUUUUGUGGCGACCAAUUGGUUCAUGAACAAUGGGUUAGCAAAAUACACAAGGUAAAGGGUGUGUACACAAAAAUUGAACCGAUUUGUGAAGCAUUGCAAAUCGACCGUAAAAACUGUGAUCGAGCGAUGAUCUCAAUGAAUUUUAAUGGUAUUGAUCCAUUAUUUAUGUAUACGCGACUGUUAAAAGAAGCACUUUUGAAUAUGGAAGAUGAUGAUACAAACUCGAUUAAGGAACUGACUGAAUAUUGUGAUCAACAAGGUGAUAUUGAUAAAGGCGAAAUUAAGAAGAUCGAGCGUGAGUAUCGUGAUCACACACCAAUAUGGUGGUAUACAGCACCAUACUUUGUUUACUCAGUGCUCAAUCGUGGCCUUCGACUAAUGGAUGUCGAUAUUAUACUCAGAAUGGGUUUUUUUAUUCGACACUUACAUAACCAUAUUGACAAUUUAUAUCAAGAACAACAAUCCAAGAAUGAGACGAUGACAACAUUUACAGUUUUCCGUGGACAAGGUUUAUCCUUCGAAAACUUCGGAAAAAUGAAACAAACUAAAGGAGAACUGAUGUCCUUCAACAAUUUUCUUUCCACAAGUGAGAACCGUCAAGUGUCCCUUCAAUUUGCUCGCGAUGGUGCAGCACAAAAUUUCAGUAUCGAAACAAUGGCUCAUGGUGAAGGUUAA